CUACUUGAGAAGAGAUGAAGGUCAUGAAGGUUCAACCGAUCUCACACCAUGUUUUCUUUCUCCUGCUGGCUGCUGCCACUGUACGAUCUCAAGUCAACCCAGAAAUGUGUCGAUAUCCUCUGGGUAUGACCGGCGGGCAGAUUCAGGACGAGGACAUCUCCGCCUCCAGUCAGUGGUCUGAGUCAACUGCUGCAAGAUUUGGCAGACUUGACUUAGACAACGGAGAUGGUGAUGGGGCCUGGUGUCCUGACAUCAUGUCAGAGCCGGACGGCCUCAAAGAGUAUCUCCAGGUGGACCUGCGUUCACUGCAUUUCAUCACACUGGUGGGCACCCAAGGUCGUCACGCUGACGGCAUGGGUAAUGAGUUCGCCCAGCGAUACAGGAUCAAGUACAGCCGCGAUGGGAGCAACUGGGUGGGAUGGCAUGAUAGGAAGGGGAGGCAGGUCAUUGAGGGGAACAGGAAUGCAUAUGAUGUGGUGCUGAAGGAUCUGGAGCCUCCCAUCAUUGCCCGAUUUGUCCGCUUUAUGCCUGUGACAGACCACUCCAUGAUCGUGUGCAUGAGAGUGGAGCUCUACGGCUGCGAAUGGCUGGACGGCCUGAUGUCUUAUAGCAUUCCAGAUGGGCACCAAAUGAUCUACAGAGGCCUGGAUGUCUACUUUAAUGACUCUGUGUAUGAUGGAGCAUCAGCUGACAGACUGACAAAAGGCCUCGGCCAGCUGACAGAUGGCACCUGGGGUCUGGAUGACUUUCUCCACAGUCACAUAUACGGCAUGUGGCCAGGGUACGAUUACGUGGGCUGGAACAACAAGAGCCUCCCCAAAGGUUAUGUUGAGAUGAUAUUUGAGUUUGACCACGUCCGAAACUUCACUUCCAUGAAGGUUCACUGCAAUAACAUGUUUAGCCGAGGGGUGAGGAUGUUCAGACAGGCCACCUGUUACUUUCGGUCAGGAUUGGACUGGGAGACUGACCCAGUGACCUUCAGGCCCACUGUUGACCGCAUGAGCCAAAGUGCCCGUUUCAUCACCGUGCCUCUCGGGGACCGCACAGCCAGCGCCAUCAAAUGCCGUUUCCACUUCAGUGAUCUUUGGAUGCUGAUCAGUGAGGUGGCCUUCCAGUCUGGCUCAGCAGUGUACAACACGUCUCUGACUCCUCGUAAACACGGACACCCCACAAACACACUGCCAGAUGAUCCUACUCAUAAAGUGGACGACAGCAAUACCAGGAUUCUGAUUGGCUGCUUGGUGGCUAUCAUCGCUAUCCUAUUGGCUAUCAUAGUCAUCAUCCUGUGGAGGCAGGUCUGGCAAAAGAUGCUUGAGAAGGCAUCUCGUCGCCUGCUGGAUGAUGAACUCACAGCUCGCCUUGCGGUGCAGACGCAGGCCUUCUCCUCCCACCACUCCUCCCUGUCCAGUGACAGUGGCUCCACCUCCAACUCCACCUAUGAGAGAAUCUUCCCUCUCUGCUCCGACUACCAGGAGCCCUCACGCCUCAUCAGGAAACUACCCGAGUUUGCUCAGUCCACUGAACACCUGGGACCGAGCACCUGUCGAACCCUUGGGACCAGUGGCUCCGACGGGGCCCCCCACUAUGCGGAGGCAGACAUCAUUAGCCUCCAGGAGUCUUCAGACAGCAGCACCCACUCCAUCACUCUGUUCACUGGCACUGAUUCAUCCAUGAGAGAGUUCCCCAGACACAAGCUCACCUUCAAGGAGAAACUGGGAGAGGGCCAGUUUGGAGAGGUGCACUUGUGUGAGGCAGAGGGCAUGCAGGACUUUUUGGAUGAGGAUUUGUCUAUAGAGGGAAACAAUGAGUCACCUCUGCUGGUGGCUGUGAAAACGCUGCGGGAAGACGCCAACAAGAAUGCAAGGAAUGACUUCCUGAAGGAGAUCCGAAUCAUGUCUCGCCUGAGGGACCCCAACAUUGUCCGUCUGCUGGCAGUAUGUGUGGACACAGACCCACUGUGUAUGAUCACUGAGUACAUGGAAAACGGAGACCUGAACCAGUUCCUUUGUGAUCUCAGACUGAAAGAGGCUACCGAUGAAGAGAAGACAGAACAGGAGGAAAAAGAGGGGAAGAGUAUGGUCAGCUACGGUAAACUAAUCGGCAUGGCUGUUCAGAUUGCAUCUGGUAUGAAGUACUUGUCCUCCCUCAAUUUUGUCCACCGUGAUCUGGCGACCCGUAACUGCCUGGUGGGUAAGAACUACACCAUAAAGAUAGCUGAUUUCGGCAUGAGUCGGAACCUGUAUAGAGGGGACUACUACAGGAUCCAGGGCCGGGCCGUCCUGCCCAUUCGCUGGAUGUCCUGGGAAAGCAUCCUACUGGGUAAAUUCACCAUGGCCAGUGACGUGUGGGCGUUUGGUGUGACUCUUUGGGAGAUCCUGACUCUGUGUAAGAAGCAGCCCUACUCCCAGCUCUCUGACGAGCAGGUCAUCGAAAACACAGGCGAGUUCUUCAGGGAUCAGGGCAAGCAGGUGUACCUGCCAAAGCCUCCCUGUUGUCCUGACAGAGUCUACAACGAUCUAAUGCUGAGCUGCUGGAGGAGGAACGCCAAGCAGAGGCCGAGCUUUCAGGAGAUACACGCUCAGCUGAUGGAGAGCCUGGCGUAGCAGAUGGAACAGAUGAUUUCUUUCUGCCAUGCACUGUCACAUUUGUUCCCUUCAGUCUUGAUUAAUUUGGAAUUAAUUUGGAGUCAGAAACAACCCACCGAAUGUUUCCCUUUUGUUAUCUGGCUUGCCACAAUGGUGCUGUACAUAAUAAGAUAUGAGGAGACUUAAACAGAGCCUUACACUGUAAAUAUCAUACGAAUUAACACUAUUUACACAGUGUAUUCACUCCUCUGUGUAUUUAUUAAGUUCUUUUUAUUUCCUAUACUGUAUAUUUAUAGAGUACUUUGUGUUAAUCCUAGGUUUUGAAACACAAUUGUGAAUAUUUUUCUGUAAUUUCUUUUCCACACAUAUAUCUAAUUCUAUUGCACAUUUAUUAGAGGAUGUCAAUACAGCUGUGUGACCUUUUAUUUGUUUGUUCAUUAUUUAUUAUUUGUUGUCUUGUGCUGCAGCUCAAAUUGCCGUGAGCUGGAACGAGCUAGAAACAUGAAGCUGGGUCCAAUAACUGGAAAUGAUGUGUGAAUGCUUCCCAUGAAAUAUGAGUCUGAUUGGCUACAUGGUGGCACUGUAAUUAAUCUCUACAUACAGAUUCUGCAUUUAGUAUGCAGAAUAUUUUUGUAGAGACUUGGUAAUGGAAGUGUUCUGGAUUUCAUUUGUAGUCCAAGUGAUAUUGACCAGUCACAUUUGGACAGCGGGUCAACAGUCUGUGUGGAGAGGCGGAAUGAAAUGGGUGUAAAAUGCAGCCUCUGAACCCAACAGCUAUCAUCUGAUGACAAGCUAACUUUAUUUUAGAUUUUUUUUCUUUUUUAAAAAUUUUACUGUUCUUACACCAGUUUUUUAGAGA